GGGGCCAGAGGGGAGGGGAGGGGAGGGGCGGGUCGGGGCCGGGGUGUAUAAACCGGGGUUAGGGGUGAGCUUGACGGAACGUCGUCCGAAAGGCAUCGCUUACCAGGGCCGUAGUCCGCCCGCUGGCCAUGGCCCGGGCUCCUCAGGCUGCUCCCGGACCGCAGUUUUCUAACAUCAGGGAGCCAGAACCCAGACCGGGACGAUAACCCUCCCGUUGCACCCUGGGAUUCCGGAGGGCCUGUCGCCCGCAGCAUGCUGGGAUACCGGAGGACUCCGCUGUUGUCGAAGGGCUACGUAAUGGGCAGGUCACGUGACUAGUUCUCCCGGUUUUCCGGGCGAACUGCAUUUCAGUGGCGCCGUCGCUUCUGUCAAGCCUCUUCAAAAAACGUCAUUUCUAUUUACGGAAGUUUUGAUGUGGAACCACCGUAAAUUCGGAAGCAGAUGUAUGCACGGAAAGAUCCCGCAAACAGGGCUGUGAUAAAUAAUCAGGAAAUCUAUGUUUGUGUUUGGGAGGCAUCACCUCAGUUUUCAGAAUCAUGUUCAGGGUCUCUUAUAUCCACUUGAGGGCUAAACAACAGAAAGAAGGAGAGGGUCAGGCCAUUCAGCCCAUUGAAUCUGUGCUACCAGUCAAUAAGAACAUGUCACGUGCCUUCAACGUGUAUGACAUAAUGUUGACCAACCAAUACUCCUAUAUAAUCAAUGACUCACUGCCACUGGGAUAGAAAAUUCCGAAGAUCAGCGACCCACUGAGAGAAAAGCACUAUCCCUCACCUCCAUUUUAAAUGGAAGGUCCAUUAAUUUUGAACUGAGGCCCUCUGAGCUGGAUUCGUUCAAGAGGAGAAAUCAUCCUGUCCACAUCAAUCCUAUCAAGCCCCUUCAAGUAGAUGCCUCCCAUUGUUCUGAGGUCCACUCAAUAAAAAUUCAACCUACUCGCCUUUCUUCAGAAGACAAACACUUCAUAGCAGUAAGUAGGCUUCAGCAGAAUCUUCUCUUCAGCUAUGAAGCCCAUGAUUGUACUUCUUGCCUGCUCCUUCCUCAGCACUGUAUCUGCUGAUCGAGGGUCCUGCGUUGGUCGCUGUGACCAGAGCUUCACUCCAUUGGUGAAAUGUCAGUGUGACAACUUGUGCAAAUUCUACAGGAGCUGCUGCGAGGAUUAUGAUACUGUUUGUAAAAAAGUUCGUGGGGAUGUGUUCCACAUGGCUGAGGAUGAAUAUGUUGAUGCCUUUGACUCCCCCACUGUGGACUAUGGGACAGCUGUACCAGAUUAUUUGGAUGCCACAGUAGAGCCAGAACCGAGUCUGGAGCCCGAACCAGAACCAGAACUGAGUUUGGAGCCAGAACCAGAACCAGAACCAAGUUUAGAGCCAGAACCAGAACCGAGUUUGGAGCCAGAACCAGAACCAGAACCGAGUCUGGAGCCAGAACCAGAACCAGAACCAGAACCGAGUCUGGAGCCAGAACCAGAACCAGAGCCCGAACCAGUUGAUCUCUGCACCAGUAAACAACCCAUUGAUGCAUUCACUGAUCUCAAGAAUGGAUCGAUCUAUGCUUUCCAGGGAGAAUACUUUUACGAACUGGAUAAGUACAGUGUUAUUUCAGACUACCCCAGACUGAUACAUGACGUGUGGGGAAUGCAUGGUCCAAUUGAUGCUGCCUUCACACGCAUUAACUGUGAGGGCAAAACCUACAUUUUCAAGGGUGAUUCUUACUGGCGGUUUUCUGAUGGAAUUCUGGAACAUGAUUUCCCAAGACUGAUCAAGGAUGGUUUCCCUGGCAUUCCAAACGAUAUUGAUGCAUCACUGGCAGUGCCCGCCAGCAAUAUUGAUGGAAAAGAGCGAGUUUAUUUCUUCAAAGGGAAUGUCUACUGGGAAUACAUCUUCAAAACCCAGCCAAGCCAGAUGGACUGUGCUGGCUCAUACAUCUCUAAUGUGUUUCUGAGAUACGCUGAUAUAGACAACAGUUGGGAGGAUUUCUUUACCAGCCUAUUCCAAGUUACUUCAAACGUUGGUGCCAAUGGACCCAAGUCCAUCAGACAAAACUGGCGUGGGAUCCCGGGCCACGUGGAUUCUGCCAUGAUUGGUAAACUCUUCUUCAUCCGCCAAUUCCCAAGACCUGGCCGGAAGAAGCCAAAGAAGCCGAAGAAGCCCUCGAGGUGGAACCAAAGGAGAGAACAGUGGAGGAGGCACUCCUCCAGCAUGGAAAUGGAAUUGUUCUCGUUCAUCCCCAGCCAGAGUGUCUACUUCUUUGUGAAAGAUAAAUAUUACCGAGUGGAUUUGGAGACGAAGCGAGUGGCAUAUGCUCGACCCUCUUACCCACGAUCCAUCGCCAGAUACUGGUUCAAGUGUAUGGACAAGCCUCUGAUCCAUGAAUAAAACCAGGGUCCUGGAACAUGGGAGAAGCUCCACAAUGGGAACAUGCCAUUUUAACUGGGUCAUCAAAAACAGCCUCAGUAAUUGUCAUAUGCAGACGUCUUCAAUGUAGCAAAUCCAUUCAUUUGCAAAUAAAACCAAAGUGGCAAACCUG